GUGAGCCUAAAAGACAGACAGACACUCUCCUGUGCAGGUUUAAUAUGACAGUGCAGGAUGAAGUUGUGAAGGGAAAUAAUGAGGACCAUCAGGAGGAAGAAUCGAGUCCUAUAGUUGAGCACAUACUAAAGGAAUUGCAAGGGAUCAACAAAAUACAAGAGGAGAUUUCAGACUUGAGGGAGUACUUGUCAUCUGUUCGUGGUUCUGUUGAAGAGGUAUCUAGCUGUGUAGAUGCCGUUUUAAUGGAGAUUGAAUGCAUGCGGUCUGGAAAGAAAUCUGGUGUGGAGACUUGGCCAGGCACAAUGGGUGGCACUGACGGUCCCUCCCACCAUCACAAAUCAAAUAAAACUGUUAGUAUAGGCUACAAUAAGCCUUACGCUGUUGAAUCCUCAAGUAGCUGUGGUGAUAUACCCCCGCAAUAUCAAGUUUUUGAUGGGAAACACAAAGAGCUACCACAGCAAUCCACUUUCACUAGUGCCAAGGCUUCAAACCACAAUGCAUCUGAUCAAAGGUCAGAUGUAUCUCAAUAUGCAUGGAGAAGGAAGCUUAGCUUUGGUUUCCUUGAGCGCCAGGAUGGACAGGACUGUCCAAGCACCAGUUCUCCAUCUUCGGGUCAGAGUUCCAAGUCCGAGUCUGAUCCAGAAAAACCCACCUCUGGACAGGGCAAUACAGGGUGUGAAUGCCAGUCCUGGAACCCAGUGGCUUUAAAACGCAGUGGGAGUGGAGAGAUUGGAUUGACCGAAGAUGAUUCUUGCUCCAGACAAAGCAGUUUUGAAGAGGCAGAGUGCUGCACAGGUGAGGUAAACCGCUGGGACCAAUCAAGAGCUGUAAAAACUUGUACAAUGGGCACCUCAGAUCAAAUAUCCAUAGUAUCUGAUAGACACUACAACUCUCCUGCUAGAACGUGCAGUAGAGAGGAUUGGAAGCAGUAUGAUGCAGAAAUGCUCCAUGAAGAACCUGGUUUGGUCUCCCAUAAUUGCAAAGGAGAUGGUGAAUGUCCUCAGUGUUCUGUGUAUCAGAAAGACAUUCAUCAUGUAUCUUCUUCUGAAAAUUGCCUUGUAAAGCUUCCAUUAAAAAGUGAGUCCAUAGAAAGUGUGUUUGUUGAGCCAUCCAGGGGCCUUCUAAGUGAGUAUACGUCAUUAUGUAACCAAAAUGUCCCCGAUUGGAAGCCUGACUCUGCUGAUGACAGUAAUGUGACAUUAAAUGUAAAAAAGUUUGGCAGAGCAGUUCUUGACUUCAAAACUGCCUUACGUGGAGCUCUGAAGAAGAAGGAUGGAACUAGUGCUACUUUGCCAGGAGAAAAGAUUGAAGUCCAUUCACCGAUCCCUCUGUGUGGGAAGCAACAAGGAAUGAUGGUGAUUGGAACACCAAAUUUAGAGAUGCCUCAUAUAGAGAUGGGGACUCCACAAACAGAAACCAACUAUUCAGAGUGGCCUCAAGCCGUCAGUACUGAGAAAGGGUUCGCCGAGAUACCUCAAUGCAUCCCCACCAAAGCAAAACCUGAAUCACCUCCUCACCAGCAUAAUAUUGAAGAUUCAGUUCAUCCAAAUUCUCCAGGGUUAGACUCAUCCACCAGUAAUGCAUCAGAUGCUACAUAUGGACAUCAAACCAGUGCUCAUUUAACACAAAGCUUCUCUACAGACAUUAUCCAAGACUCCUUUUCCCCAGAGGAACUAGCAGUUGAGGAGGGGCAAAGAACACUAAUGGGGGAAACCAAGCCUCCCACGGAGUCCUUCACAGAAGGAGGUAGCGAAGCAGAGCUUAGUCAGCGGGAUGCACGCCAUCUGAAGUGCCUCAGGACUUUCCAGCAGAUUCUGAGGGAGAAGAGAGAGUCCAGAAGACAACUCAGUAUAGUGUCCAUGUCAGCAUUUUCUGAAGAUGAUUUGAACCCAGAUGGAAGCCAGGAUGAAGAUCAGAAUAUCAAUGGAGACCAUAACAAACAUCCAUGGGCCAAACCUGGGGGAGGUGGAAUAUUUGGCAUUGACAGCAUGCCUGACCUUAGGAAGAGAAAGCCUAUCCCCUUGGUUAGCGAAGUGUCUCUGGUACAGUCCAGGAAAGCUGGGAUCUCACGUGCAUUAUCUGCGCGCUCUUCAGUGAAGGAUGAAGAACUGAAGAAUCAUGUGUACAAGAAGACCCUCCAGGCUCUGAUUUACCCUAUUUCUUGCACGACACCCCAUAACUUUGAAGUGUGGACCGCCACCACGCCCACCUACUGUUAUGAGUGUGAGGGUUUGUUGUGGGGUAUCGCGCGGCAGGGCAUGCGCUGCUCAGAGUGCGGAGUCAAAUGCCACGAAAAAUGCCAGGAGCUUCUCAACGCAGACUGUUUGCAGAGAGCUGCUGAGAAGAGCUCUAAAACGGGAGCAGAGGACAGAACCCAGCAUAUCAUAUCAGCCAUGAAGGACCGCAUGAAGAUCCGAGAGAGGAACAAGCCUGAAAUCUUUGAGAUGAUACGGCUCGUGUUCAGUAUGAAUAAACUGAACCAUGCUCAGCAGAUGAAGACCAUCAAACAGACUGUGCUUGACGGAACAUCAAAAUGGUCUGCCAAAAUCUCCAUCACGGUGGUGAGUGCUCAGGGCCUGCAGGCUAAAGACAGAACUGGUUCCAGUGAUCCGUAUGUGACCGUUCAGGUUGGAAAGACUAAAAAGAGAACCAAAACUAUCUACGGUAACCUUAACCCUGUGUGGGAGGAGACGUUCAACUUUGAGUGCCACAAUUCAUCUGAUCGCAUUAAACUGCGCGUAUGGGAUGAGGAUGAUGAUAUAAAGUCUCGCGUGAAGCAGCGUCUCAAAAGGGAAUCUGAUGACUUUUUGGGUCAGAGCAUCAUCGAGGUCCGAACCCUAAGUGGAGAAAUGGACGUCUGGUAUAACCUUGAAAAACGCACAGACAAGUCAGCGGUAUCAGGGGCCAUUAGACUGCAAAUAAGUGUGGAAAUUAAAGGGGAAGAGAAAGUGGCCCCUUAUCAUGUUCAGUACACCUGUCUGCACGAGAAUAUCUUUCACUUUGUGACAGACGUUGAAGGGCAGGGUGUGGUGAAGUUGCCCGUGGCACGUGGAGAUGAUGCCUGGAAGAUCUACUUUGAUGAGAUUGCUCAAGAUAUUGUAGAUGAGUUUGCCAUGCGCUAUGGGAUAGAAUCCAUCUAUCAGGCCAUGACGCAGUUUGCAUGUCUGUCCUUAAAAUACAUGCUCUCUGGUGUCCCUGCGGUUAUGAGCACGCUCCUGGCCAACAUCAAUGCAUUCUACGCUCACCCCACCUCAGUGACCAACGUCUCCGCCUGUGACCGAUUCAAUGCCUCCAACUUUGGGAAAGAUCGGUUUGUUAGACUGCUGGAUCAGCUUCAUAACUCUCUCCGUAUUGACCUGUCAACAUACAGAAAUAAUUUCCCAGCCAGCAGUAAACCACGUCUAGCAGAUCUCAAAUCCACUGUGGAUUUAUUGACUAGCAUUACAUUCUUCAGAUUGAAGGUUCUGGAACUGCAGUCUCCCCCGCGUGCGGCCCAUGUGGUUAGGGACUGUGUGAAAGCAUGCCUCAACUCCACAUAUGAGUACAUCUUUAACAACUGCCAAGAGCUGUACAACAGACAGUUUCAGACGGCCGUGGAACCUAAACCAAAAGAAAGGAAAGAGACAGAAGAGGGUGAAGAAGAGGAAGAUACGAAGGAGGAGGAAGAAACUGCUGCUGUAGAAGAGCCAGGACCAAGCAUUCAGAAUUUGGACUUCUGGCCCAAACUCAUCACCUUGAUAGUUUCCAUCAUAGAGGAGGACAGGAACUCCUACAGUCCGAUCAUAAAUCAGUUUCCUCAGGAGCUAAAUGUAGGGAAAGUCAGUGCUGAGGUCAUAUGGAGUCUCUUCGCACAGGACAUGAAGUAUGCACUAGAAGAGCAUGAGAAGCUGAGGUUGUGUAAAAGUGCGGACUACAUGAAUCUGCAUUUCAAAGUCAAAUGGCUCUACAAUGAAUACAUCCGUGACCUGCCUGCCUUCUCUGACUCUGUCCCAGAGUACCCAUCGUGGUUUCUGCCAUAUGUUCUCCAGUGGCUGGCUGAGAAUGAGGAAGUGUCGAUGGAGUUUAUGCAUGGAGCCCUUGAGAGGGAUAAAAGAGAGGGGUUCCAGCAGACAUCUGAGCAUGCGUUGUUCUCCUGUUCAGUCGUGGACAUCUUCACUCAGCUCAACCAAAGCUUUGAGAUCAUCAAGAAACUAGAUUGUCCUGAUCCUGCAGUGGUCGCCCAGUACAACCGACGCUUUGCCAAGACUAUAACCAAAGUGCUCCUGCAGUAUUGUGCUAUUCUAACCAAGAGCUUCCCAUCCUUUUGUGAGAAAGAAAAGACGCCGUGUGUGUUGAUGAAUAACGUUCAACAGAUACGUGUGAUGUUGGAGAAGAUGUUUGAGUCUAUGGGGGCCAAACAGCUCGACACAGAGGCUGCAGAUAUCCUCAAUGACCUGCAAGGGAAGCUUAAUUCUGUUGUGGAUAACCUGAGUGCCACGUUUGUAAAGAGUUUCCAGGCUCGUAUAAACGUAUGUAUGCGUCAGAUGGCGGAGAUCCUGUACCAGAUUAAAGGGCCUCUGAAUCAGAACACUCGUAACACUGUGGAGGCUGACGCAGACAACGCACUGCGGCCGCUUAUGGAGUUCCUCGACACAAACCUCAGCAUCUUUGCAGACACAUGCGAGAAGACCGUGUUGAAGCGUGUGCUAAAGGACCUCUGGAGAAAUGUUCUGAUCUCCAUGGAGAAAACGAUUGUGUUACCUCAGAGCAGCGACAGUAUAGGAGCUCAACUUCUUACUGCUGCUAAGGAACUGUCAAAACUAAAGGGAGGGGUGGAGCCAAAGAGCUUGUCUCCAAGGCAAUGUUUGAUCAUGGAGGCAGCGCUGGACGCAAUCAAGCUGUUCUUCCAUGCUGGUGGGAAUGGUUUAAAAAAAGCAUAUCUGGAGAAGAGCCCUGAGCUGUCAUCGCUGCGUUACGCUCUCUCCCUAUAUACACAGACCACAGAUGCUCUUAUCAAGACGUUUGUGACAACACAACAUGCUCAGGUUCAAAAUGGAAUGGGCAUCAGGAUCACACCCAAAGAGAAUGUUCGACCUGACCGAGGCUCCGGGGUUGAGCGGCCGAUAGGGGAGUCAGUAAUUCAGUUGGAUUUGUCGCCUCCAGCUGGAAACACUGAGCAGAAACUCUGUGUCAGAGUGAUCGCAGUAAAUGACAUGAAAUGGCAGACCUCGGGUAUGUUUCGUCCAUUUGUGGAGGUUAACCUGGUUGGGCCACAGCUCGCAGAGAAGAAACGGAAAUUCACAACCAAAUCGAAAAACAACUGCUGGACUGCAAAGUACAAUGAGGCAUUUCAAUUUGUGCUGGGUAAAGGCAUGAGUCUGGACUGCUAUGAGAUUCAAAUAUCGGUGAAGGAUUACUGUUUUGGUCGUGCGGACCGGGUGGUGGGGAUCGCAGUACUGCAGCUGCGUGACGUAGCAGACCGGAAAAGCUGCGUGUGCUGGUGCCCUUUGGGCCCGUGUAUCAACCGAGACGAAACCGGGACCACCGUGCUACGAAUCCUCUCUCAACGCUCGACUGAUGAGGUUGCCAAAGAGUUCGUCAAACUAAAAGCUGAGACCAGACCUGUUGAAGAGGGGAGGUGAAGAUGAAGCAGAAGGUUGACCUCUUCAAUUGACCAUAAUGAUGAAAGUUGACUGAUUAAAACAGAGACUUUGAUCAUUUGAGGCAAAUGAAAGACGACAAACAAGCCUUCACAAACUGAAUUCACAAGGACUUACACUGUUUAUAAAACCUUGCAUGUUUAUUCAAAGCCUUAAGUGUCAUGUAAUCGUUUGACUGGCUUUGCAUCAUUCUUCAUGAGGAGCAAUUACUCGUAAGAUGAGUGCUCGCUCUGAGAACAGCGUUCCCACGGUCCCAUGGAAAAUCUGGUAGUAUCGGGUCAUUUUCAAAGUGUGAUGUCAAAAAAGGUAGUCAUCACUAAAAUAUUUCGUCGGCUAGAAACAUCUACAAUUUUGCUGUACAAAAAUGAUCUAGUUAAUCAAACGACUGGAAAAAUCAUGGAAAUUUCAUCAUGUUUUCGGCGCCAGGAUGGGACAGCCUGCGAUUUCUGCCAUGGUAAAUGACAAUGAUCCAAUCAAUUCCUCAUGGAUCAAGUCUUAUGACUAUCAAGUCCAUAAAAAGUCUACAUUUGUUCUUGUUCGUGAAGCAGUUUCGAUAAACGUCACAAAAUGGAAGUAAAGACAUUUCAUGCCGACUUUAAUGAUUUAUUUGCGAAUAUUUCAAGCUCGUUGUUAAGAAAGAUAUCAGUGACAUUACGAAAAAUGCGCAUGUUCAAGAACAUCAAAUAUAAGAAGAUGCAAGAGUUUUGCCAAACCAUGAGUCUAUGGGCUCAUUCCACACAGUUCUUUGUGGCCUUCUGAAUGGGAGUCUUACAGUGGGGGGAGUGGUCUAACAGUUGUCAAGUAAGACAACUAAGAGUUGUCUUACUUGAAAGAUGGUUCGGUUUUGGUCCGACCUCUCCAAAUACUCCAAAGAUCAUGGUUAUUUCACAUACAGUAGUUUUAGUCCACAGAUGUCUCAAAACAGAUAAAUACACAAAUAAAAAAGACAAAUCUAGGCCAACCAGUGCCAGCUGAUGAGAAGGGAUGUACUGUAUGAAACUUUGUUUACCUUGUGCCAAGUAGAUCGUAUGCUCUCUUUUUGAGAUGUAAUAGAGUUAUGUUUUGUUUUGUUUGUAAUAUUUGCACAACCAAAUAGGUGUAAACACAAUCUCUAAAGAUAAAUACCACAUGUGCAUGUAUUUAUUGUAAAUUUAAGCUUUUGGUCAUAUGUUGUAUGUUUUGUCAAUAUGUGCAAAGCUAUUCUGUAUUUUAAAGUAUGGAGGAGAUCACAGAUUGAAUUGAUAUUCUGAAUUUGUUUAUAAAUUAUUUAUGAAUUAA